AUGGAAGCCCUAUACUUCAACGCCAAUGAUGGCUACUUGGAAGGCAUUGUGAGAGGUUAUAAGAGUGCGAUUCUUAACACAACUCACUAUCUUAACUUGACGCAAUGUGAAACCUUGGAUGACUUAAAACUUCAGCUUAGUGCUACAGACUAUGGCAACUUUCUUGCUAAUGAGCCCUCUCCUAUAGCUGCUUCAACAAUUCACGAAAAGGCAACACAGAAAUUGGUUGCUGAAUUUAAAUACGUACAUAAUAACGCGUCGCAACCUUUGUCCAAAUUUUUGGAUUAUCUAAC